AUCUGUCUACUUGUCAAUUGACAACUAGGCAGAUUAAUUAGUGCAUAGGAAGCGUCGUAUAGGUUAAAUUGAAGUGAUAUAUAACUAGUUAAAUUUGUGCAGGUUUUUAUAUUACAAAAGUAAGUAAUUAAUUUAUAUUUAGAAAAAAUUUAGUGUUCAUUUAGAGACUCAAAAGACAGUAUUACUAUCGAUAAAUUGCUUGUAAGUAUAACCUCAAAUUAAAAUCGAUAUUUUUCAAUCCAUUAUAGUCAUUAAAAUAUUGAACUUGGUAGUAUAUUUUAUUUAUCGAAUUAACUAAAUUAUUUUGCAGUUUGUUGUAGGACUACUACGAUGCAAGUUUAUGUGGAUAAAUGAUUUACUUCACACCCGCUGUACCUGAUUUUUUCAUCCCUUUUAAUUGAUACACAUCUGUUGUCUUUGAUACUAUAUUUAUUUUUAGCAGUCAUGGAUAGUUUAUCUGUAGUUCCGGCCGACGUAGUGGGAAAAUUAAAGUGUUGUUUUUGUGAUGGUCCAUUAUCAGUUUCACCGAUCACUUUAAUAUCGCAAGACGGAAAUCAAUAUAAGUGUGGACGAUGUGUUUCAAUAAAAUCUGUUUCAAACAUCCGGGCUGUAAUCUACGAAUAUUUGGCCAAACUUAUGUUGUUUCCAUGCACUUAUAAAAACUGUUUGAAAACAAUACCCUUCGAUGAUGUACAAGAGCACGAAAAAAUAUGUGAAUACAGAACUACCAUUUGUCCUAAAGUGAAUUGUAAUGAAUCUAUGAAAGUAUCGAUGUUGUCUGAUCAUUUCAAGGAAAAACAUAGUGACACAUACCACACUAAUUCUUUUAUAAUAAAAAAUGUCUAUGCCUACAAUAAUAUCGAUCUAUUGGAAAAGAAUGGAAAAAUUUUCCUCAGUAUUUUUGAUUCUGAUGAAAAUUACUUCGCAUUAAGCAUAUGUGCUCUUGAUCCCACUGAUACGAGUCAAUACGAAGUCAAUUUAAAGUCUGAGAAGAAUCAUUUUGGUAUUGUAAUAUUGAACCAAAAUACAAUGACUUUUAAUGAUAGAAUACAUUGUCUUAAAUGUGCUAAUGGCUCUUGUAAACUGAAAUUUCAUGCUUACAAAGAUAAUAGAAAGGAUCUCCUCAAAAAGAUGACUACUAAGAUCAACAGAGACUGUGUCAAAAGGAUGUUCGGAGGUGGAUUGUUAACUUACACAAUCGAUAUCAUUGAAGAAGAUCGGAAGAUUAAGGAAGAAACUAAACCAGAAGUUAAAGACGCCAUCAUCAGAAAAGCUAAAAAGAUAUUCCUGCAGCUUCUGGAAUGCCCUCUUUGCAAAGAAUACAUGUCUGCUCCGAUUUAUCAAUGUCUAAACGGCCACACCAUUUGCAACAUUUGCAAACCUACCUUGGAUAAAUGCCCUACGUGCGAAGAACGCAUUGAAAAAACCCGCAACUUUACUUUGGAGGAACUAUCCAAUAAAGUGGAAUUACCCAUAGCUGAUGAGAAGAAAGUGAAAGUUGAAGCUGGUACAAAGAGAUCUAAUGAAGAACUGAAUAACACCAACGGGGAUGUUCCAGCCAAAAUUAAAAAAAAUUGAGAUGUUUGUGAAUAGCAGCGAGAAAUUGUUGAUGUGACCAAAUAUAUAGAUGUGUCUUUAAGAAUGUGGACCAAAGGUGUAGAAACUGAAGAAGCAAAACGAACUGCAAACUAAAAAGAUUUAUGAAAAGGAUAGAAGAUUAAAUUUGAACAAACUACAGUAAUAACUUCAUGACAAAACUUUUUUGUUGAUUCUGAAUUAAUUAGGAGAAGGAAUUUAUUCAGGGGAAACAAAAAUUAAUAGAAGAAAUAGAAAAUGUAAGCAAUGAAGUUGAAAAACCAAGAAAAUACACUAAAUGGAAAAUAAAAACCAACAAAAUGAUAAAACGAACUAUAAAGAUUUUUACUAGAAAGUGAUGAACCUAAACAAUAGACAAUAAAUAUACUGUAAAAAUAGGAAAGAUCUUAAAAAAAAAACAAGAAAAUGAUCAUCUGAUUCCUAGUAUAAAUACGAAUACUCAACGAUGGUUUCUAUUGUCUCAACCAAGAUCAAGAAUUCGAAUAUAUUAGAAGCAUAAUGUGAAAAAUAUUGCAAAUGCCUUGAGAAACAAACAAAUUUGAAUCAAAUGAUCAUCAGAUCCCGUAUAAACGAAGAUCACCACCACCAUAAAGUUUCUACAUUGGUCGCCAUCAAUUUCUACCAAUUCACAACCAGGAUAACAGAUUCCAGUAUAUUAGAAGUGGAAUUUUUAGUUUUUAAGGCUUGAAUAAUCACGGUAUUGAAUAAUAAAGAAUUUAAAUCGUCAUUUGGUUAUUACAAAUCCAGAUUGUAUUGAAAUUGGAAGCAUUUUGUGAAAAAUAUUGCGAAUGCCUUGAGAAACAAACAAAUUUGAAUCAAAUGAUCAUCAGAUCCCGUAUAAACGAAGAUCACCACCACCAUAAAGUUUCUACAUUGGUCGUCAUCAAUUUCUACCAAUUCACAACCAGGAUAACAGAUUCCAGUAUAUUAGAAGUGGAAGUUUUAGUUUUUAAGGCUUGAAUAAUCACAGAAUUGAAUAAUAAAAAUUUUAAAUCGUCAUUUGGUUAUUGCAACUGUCCACCUUGAGAAUGGACUAAUUUUAUUUACACCCAAGAGGACAAAAUACCGAAACAAAAUUUUUAGAAGGUUAGAACUGCGUUUAAAACAUCUAAUCAGAUGGUUCUUAUUGGAUAAACAAAUUAAUUCACCCUGUAGAUAAACGCAAUUGAAAAUUUCUACAUCUCUAUAAGAAUCUUGUUUUUCGGAUAAUACACAGCGUUUGAAAAUGUCUACAAUUAAAAUUUAUCCAAAAGAUUGUGGAUUUUCAAAAAAAGAUCCAGAAUUAGAAGUAUGGAUAAAUUACGAGAUUUUAUUAGGACUUUCGGAUCAUUUUUAAAAGACAUCAGCACUGAAGUAACUUUCUCCAUAGUUGUUUCAAGAUAUCAAGAGCCAAAGCUGGGAGAUGUUGCUAAUUUGUAGUUUUUACCUUCGCUUACUCUCAAAAAGUCACUACGGAAGUUUUUUCAAACUAUCACGAUACUUACAAUGAAUGGUUAUAGUUGGACAUUAAUUUUUGUUCUAUUACCUCCAUUCUCCAAUUAAAAGUAAAAGGAACCUCUGGAAUUUCUUCUUUGGAUACAUUUUCAGUCUAGAAACUAAAUAUUUGCGUCAACUUUGAUUUCACUGCUAUUUUCUUCAAUAUUCAGUGUUGAAUAAUUGUGAUUAGCAAUAAAAUAUUUAUUCUUUCUUUUUAUUAAUCGUCGCGAUUGAAGGAUAUGAAUUGAGAGGGUAAAUUAUAUAACUGAGACAUAUUAAUGCAAUUUUAUUAAUUAAAAUAUCUUACAAUAUAUUUAAAUAAGUGCCGGUAUAUAGCCUUUCGUAUUAAAAUCACAGUUUUUAGGUUAAUUAAUUAAAACCUGAAUAAAGUUAAUGAAUUAAUUGAAUGAAUAAAUAAUUAAGAGAACGUAAAAUGAGUAAAAUAACUAGUAUAACAUAAAUACACGAUACAAAACGAAUAAAGUGAGAAUAUAAGUUACUUUACUAAUCACAAAUCAUUUUCAAUAUAACCUUAUGUUAGUUAUUCUUUAGGAAGUUUUGACAGCAAAUUGCUACGUUGUCAAACCUAUUUAAAAAUUAUUUGAGUAGAUUUUUAUUCUCGUUCCGCAUUAGGUUCCCUUCUAUUUAUCAUGAAUAUAAACAAAUAAUUUCCAAAUUUAUGAAUAAUUAGAUUUUAAUAAAUUUCCAUUCAAAAAAAAAAAGAAA